AUAAUAUCGACAUUGGCCUAAUACUACGCAUGUAAUGUUCCUGAAGCAAGUUUCUAUUGAAGAUAAAUACUACUCAGGGCCCGUGAGAAGGGUGGGGGAGCUGGCGCUGGAACACUUGUCCAGGGACAGGGGACCUAAAUGGUCCCGGAGGUAUGGUAUCCUGAACGAAAUGAGAUGCCAACAAUUUUGCUGUUUAUUUUACUUGCUUAUCUCAUGGAGUAUACCGACUGGUAUAUGCCGGUCAUGUAUCGGUGCGACAACUUAUUGUGAAGUAGGACAGACAUGCUGGCUGUACCCACCGCCAAAUGUCACAUUAAAGAGUUCUAAGUUUAGUUUAAAAGUAAUAAACACAACUACUCCAGUAAACAUUAUACACCAGAAUGGCGGCUUUACGUUCACGCCAACGGAAACAAUGAGAGCAGAGAGAAGAAUUGUUGCUGAUUUUAUUAAUUCUGUGAACAAAACUAUAUGCAGUUCUACUUUAAUAGUAUUGGCCAAACCAGUGCCAGUUACACGAGUAUCAUGUAAUGUACAAAGAAAGCAACAAAAUAAUGAUAUAUCAUGCGAAAUACUUGACAACAUUACCAAAAAUGUCACAAAGGUAGAAAUAUUUCCCAGGAAUACAGGAGAAACGAAAGAAUGUGUUAUAAAAAUAACAGACCUCGUGUUCCGGUGUUCGUUCGACUAUAAGAAUCGCUUCUUACAACAUAAUAUCAGUAUUACUGUCUCUAAUGCUAAAGUGAAUAAUACCCAACCAGCAGUUAAUCAUAUUCACAUAUAUAUUUUUAAUAUUGUUGAACCCAAGUAUUUACACAAUGUUACUAUCAAAAACGAUGGCUGUUUUUCUAUGAACAUAUCAGCACAACCUGAUGAUACUUAUAUUCCUUUAAAUAACACACCGCUCUUGUUUUACCUAGUUAUUACAGCUAAAGAUAUUAUUAUACUCGAUAAAACAGUGGUACGCAAUGAGACAUUAGUUUACAACAUGAAAAACAAAUUCUUUGCUAAUAAUAAUUACAAUAUAUCGAUAAAGUGGAAGCCGGUGAAUGGAACGAAAUGGAGUAAGGUGACCAGCCGUUUGCAACAAACAGAUGUAUGUGUUCCUUCGCUGGCACCAGUGGCAUUCAAGGGUGGUUACUCUGUCACCCAGAAAAAUAAAAUUGCUGUUUACUGGAAGAAAAUACCGAAACUUUAUGAAAAUGGACCAGACUUGGAAUAUGAAAUUUCCAGAAUACAAGACAAAGAACCUGUCGAAAAGAAAAUCGUCAAUGGUUCCAAGGUGUCCGUACUUCUGAAUGGCUCACAGCAAGAAAAUGAGGUUCUUAUUGUGGCCAGAAAUAAAAAAGGGUCAUCACACGAAAAAUCUUCUAUUAAGAUACCCAACCAACACAGUGUGAAAAGUCGACCAUCGUCUCUUAAAUUUGAACCAUUAAAUGCAACACAUCACCGAUUAAGUUGGACAUACUCAUCAUUAUCAUCCCAUGACGAAUUUCAUUUUUUCUGGUGUUACGGAAUUUAUCGACAGUCACACAAUUGGGUAGAAUGCAAACAGGAAAUAUAUAACCAAACCGUUAGAAACAGUUCUAGCACGCUGUCAUCGUCUUUUUAUGAUAUCUUAAAACCAGCAGAACCAGAGGAAUCUUGUAAUAAUUGUUCCUGGAAUUAUGGGUUAUCUAUAAUAUAUGAGGACAUUGCUAGUCCUAUAGUGUGGGAUAAAACAGAAGAAGAAAUCAGGAUACCAUCAGGAAAUCUUACCAUUACUACCAUAGUAUAUUUAUCAAUAUUUAUUGUUAUCGCCAUAUUAUUUAUAGGCUAUUGUUCUGUAUAUAGGUGUAAAAGAUCAAAGAAGAAAUGUUGUGGUACAUAUGAUAUCAUUGCCCCGCCACUUUCAGAGAUUUAUGAAACGAAAGAAAUGUCCACGUUUACAACAGACAACAACCAAAUUGUCCCGUGUUUACAUCAGUCGGAACCUAAUGGUAACAUAGCUACUAACAGCUGCGAUCCAUGCAAUGCAAAUGUUGACGAUUUCCAAGACCAAGAUCGACCUGUUAUAGUUAUUGAUGUUGACAGAGAUACCACAAACCAGACUUAUUACCAAUCUGUUUCACAGAGAAUUACGAGUCUCGUAUAAUACCUCUGUCACAGAUGACUGCCUUAACACGUGCUGUCACAGCACGCGGUGUGAAUCAUUGGCUGAAUGACGCGUGCAUUGUUUACAUAAGACAUAACUGCUUCGGAGAGAAUGCUGCAUUUUAGUCAUUUUAAUACCCAUUUACACUAAAUAGGAAAUAAUUUUUACCUACAAAUACGUGAAACGCCUUUAUUUAUUUUCCAAUAUAUACAAAAAAUGUUUUAGAAUUUAAUUUGUCGCAGGAAAAAAGUUAAUAUGUCUAGCUCAUUAAGCCGCAUCAAUGUCAUCCUUAUCAGUGAUUGUCGCGGCCAAGCAAAUAUUCACUGCGGAUCAGUGUGACUUAUUACAGCCCAGCUAGUAAUUUAGUGUAUUAGGAAACCUCUGCUGCUUAUGUUUUGAUUUUCUAAAAUGACUCUUGCUAUUUUGUGUAUUGCCAGAAAAUUGUCUCUUAUUCACGAAUAUAAACAAAUAAAAGUUAUUUAAUCUUCACUAGAAAGGUAAACAUAAGAUAUCUGAAACUCGAGUAAAUUAUUGAUACAUACAUGUAUUUUGUUUCCAAAACUUAUCGUAACUCAUGAAACUCGAAUGCCCGUAUCUCAGUCAAUUUUCAAGCUACAGAUCACAAAUUAUGCACAGUUUCUAGUUUUUACAUGUACAACAACAUGUUUUUUCCACUUUUUUUCGAGGGGGGCCGAUUUCCCAAAUUUCUGAAAAUUGACCCACUUGACAUGGAAUGACCCUUAUCUCUAUACUAUUCUUUUUAUCUAUACAACUUUAUAUUUAUUUUUCUCAAUACUUCUUAACUUAUCUAAUUCUGUAUUACUUUAUAUUUAUUUAUCUCUAUACUACUUUUUCCGUGUAUACAUUGGCGUGCGCGUAAAAGAUCCCUUGGCAGUUAAAAUUCGAUAUAAGAGUCGGCCAUAGUGCCGUUGCCCGUGCAAAAUUUCCAUUAUGGCAAACUGUAUGGCGUAUGUCCGUCUUCAUUUUUUUUUUAAUUUCUAUACUACUUUAUUUAUAAAAUCUCUAUGUUACUUUAUUUAUUCACUCUCUACUUUUUAAAAAAAAUUGUAUGCUACUUUUAUCCACACCAUCUACUUUAUUUAUUUAUCUCUAUACUACUUUAUUUUUUGUUCAUCUCUAUGCUACAUUUUAUUUUAUUUAUUUUAUCUCUAUAGUACUUUAUUUAGUUAGCUGUUGAGUUUUUUCGUGUCUGAUUGCUUAAUUUUUGUUCCAAACGUACCAGAAUAAAGGUUAAACAAGAGUUUAAGACCAAACCUAAUCAAAAAUUAUUCUAUUCAAAAAAUGGUUCAAAUCCAGCAAUUCCUACUUUAGUUAAGACCAUUUAAAUUUUUCAUUGGUAUCUACAGAUUUCAAUUUUGAUUUAUGUAUUUUAGACACAUAAGGUGAUUUUACAUGUUUCGUACAGGUCAGUCCAGCCUUGUUUUAGUGAGGUGUGUUUAAUGGAAGACAUUCUAAAUAGCUACGUCUACACUAGCAGCAUUCACCGUCUACACUAGCCUUUUAAAUCCCGGUUUUUUCCUAAAAGCCGGCUUUUUCAAUUUCUCAAUCGUAAAAGCCGGCUUUUUAAAAUUCGGCAAUUAUUGAGGGAUUUUUCAAAAUCAAAAAGCCGGCUUUUUCAAAAAACCGGCAAUUUUAUGUGUGUAGACGGUAAAUCCGGGAUUUAUCAAGUACCCGGAUGUCAUUCGUCCCGAGCUUCCGUACAUUCAUAACAUUGGCAUUGCUUCCGGUUCUAAGAAAUUGCGGUAAAUCUCAAAUCCAUCUAUAGCCUAGCCUAUUUAAUUUCAACAUGCCUAACCUAAAAUGGGUUAACGAGGAGUGCUUAUUGCUAAUUGAGAUUUGGGGGCGGGGGAACAUUCAAGCUUUGUUUGAUGGAACUGUCAAAGACAAUAAAAUUUACAGGGUUAUAUGCGCUGAAUUAGCCGAAGCUGGCUUCUCUAGUAAUCAUUAUUAUUAUAUUAUUAUCUCUGCAAAAUUGACUGAAGCCGAUGGCGUAAUAAAUAAACCGGAAGUUCCACAAAUAACGAAGGUCGGUGUUCAUCGUCUUUUUCCGUUCAGUCAGUGUAGACGCUACACUUGAAAAAGCCGGGUUUUGAAAAAACCGGGUUUUUAAAAAGCCGGCUUUUUCAAGCCUAGUGUAGACGAAGCUUACAUUAAAAUAGAAUACAUUUUUGAUAAUAGAAUACAUUUUUGAUAUAUGAGAACGAUCUGUCUUGUACCUUUAAUGUUCAUAAUGUAUUUUGAGUUAAAAUAUUUGUGUUUGAUCUCCCACCCCCACCCCUCAGGAAAUAAAAUUCUCAGCCUAUUAAGCAACAAGUUUUUCUUCAUGGAUUCUAAGCUCACUGUAAAAGCAUUACUUCAUUACAAACAUGAAUAUUGCAUGCAAUUAUUAUUGUCAUUGUUGAAUUAUUGUAUGUAUAAAUCAUAAUGGAUAUUUUAUUGUUAUUCUUGAAUUAUUACAUAUAAAUAUACUCAGCCAAAUUAAAAACUUGACACUCGGGAUUUUUGGGACUAGAUUUUUAAUAUUUGGUUUAAGGCAACUAUUUUAGUGUUAUGUUGUGCACAGACGACCUUGACAUCAACAGAAAGCAAGAAUACGUCUCGCCGAAAGUCCUUGACAUUGAUAACUUUCGUGAUGUCACAGUACCCCCCAAAAUGAAAUUCACAGACUUGGAGAACAAUGGGAAUAAAGUGUUUAGUAACGGCUGUGGCCUCCUCUAGCGUCUCGUACUGCCACACAACGUCUUCUCAUGGAUCUCAGAACAUUAGUAAACACUAUCCGAGGAAGACGUCGCCACUGCUCAGCCAGAGCAUGUUGAAGGUUCUGCAACGUCAGUGGUGGAUUCACUUGCUGUCGUUCACCUCGUCUGCGGUACACUCGGACAAUGCCAUCGGCAAAUAUCUCAAAGUGAAUUGAGAUUCGUCACUAAAGACAACCGAAUUCCACUGUCUUUGAGUAAAUCUUAUGUGUCUUGUGGCCCACACAAGUCGGUUACGGCGAUGAAGAGAUGUCAAUAUUAGUCCAUUAUAGGGCCUCCGAGCUCGAAGACCAGCAGCCUGCAAGCGAUUUCGAACAGUUUGUACAGUUACCCUUUCACCAAACAUCUCUCUACUUGUGGAGGUUGCAGUGACAAAUCUGUUUCUAAGAUAACGUAAUCGUAUUGCCUGAUCUUCCCGAAGUGACGUCACACGUGGCGCUUCCGUCCUUGGGCCGUCGGCAAUAGUUCCAGUUUGAAGCACUCUCAUUCUAAGAUUAAUUAUUGUCUGGCGUGAACAAUUUAAGGCUCUUGCAACAGUGACCACAGACUGACCAGCAUAGAGCCUACCUAUAGCACGUAGACGUUCUACAUUUGAAAGGCGCGGCAUUUUCUAACAAAGAUGAAAAUAACAAUUUUAAUUUGUUUUUCCAGUUCAAGUUACGUGUGCGUGUUCAGUUUAAGCAAACUUGCAUUGAUUGACCUCACGAGUUUGUGUUUGCACGUGUUUUUCAGGUUUUUCAUCUUUAUAUGCUCAAAAGUCACGUGAUCCACGUGACUUGACAAUUUUAUGAAAUUAAAGGCUUCUUACUACUUACUAUCGUUAGAAACACUUUAAAAUUUAUUUGACUUACCAGAAAAAAAAAAAUUGUUGAAAUUCAUCAGUGUCAAGUUUUUAAUUUGGCUGAGUAUAUAUAGAUUUAUUAUCGGGCGAUUAUUGCUUCAUUGUUUAAUUAUUGCAUGUAAAUAUCAUAUAGAUUUAUUUGUUAUUGUUGAAUUAUAGCAUGUAAAUAUCAUAUAGAAUUAUAGUUGUUAUUAUUGAAUUAUUGUAUAUGUAUAGAUUUAUAUAGUUGUUAUUGUUCAGUUAGUGCAUGUAAAUUCAUAUGAAUUUAUUAUUGUUACUUUUGAAUUACAAUAUAAAUAUCAACUAUCGUAUCAGAAUUUAGUCAGAUUAAGCUUGCCCAACCACUAAAUCCAAAUAACACGCCAGAUCAAUUGCGAUCUUAAAUCAAAGAAAGUGCGCUCUUUAUUAACGCAUGGCCGACAUUUAACAAAAUAGCUAUAACAGAUCUCAAAACUCUCAGGAAAUUAUGAAUAAUUCAUAGAUAGUUAAACAGCCCACGAAAAACCGUGUUUAAUCGGAAGUUGAUUUCUUUCAAAUCUGAAUGUUCACUUAAAUUAAUGAAUCAUUAGAUUGUAAUGAACAAAUAUUACUGCUGAAAAAGAUAAUCAUGGACCAACGUAUGUAAACAUAAAGCCUUUCAAAACAAACAUGAAACAAAAUGCGGGAAAGUACUGGGGCUUUACCAACGAUUUCCGAGUCUUUUUUUGUUAAACCACGGGCACCUGUAACAUGGAAAAUCUAUUUCAACAAUAACAUAAAUAAAAGCCGUGACUAAUUAAAGAAUAAUGUCGGAAGUCUAUUACGUCCAUGUUCGCGUGAGCGAGAUUAUUAAAUGACUGGUCUGAAACCGAUUUUCUUAUUCAUGGGAAAUAACUCGUCUGAAACAUAUUUUAUGUGGAGGCAGACCACCAUUAAUUUCCCCAUUGACUUCAAUGUUAAAGGACAAUAAUGGUGCCAGUCAUUAUCACACAUGUGAUAAAG